UUCCUACACAAAUGCUCUAAUCUUUCACUCUCCGCAUUGCUCUCUCUUUCUCUCUCUGAGUUCUCUUGAAACUUUCAAUCCCAUUCCACAAACUCUCUUUAUUCAAAUCUCUGCAAUUUUUUUUCUCGGGAAAUUGAGAUUGAAUAUUUUUUUUUUUCAGAAGAUGAAUUCUGAGCUGCUUCGAAGAAAUCAACCGAAUCCGACUCCACAAACUCAAAAUCCGGUGAUUGAUUCACCAAGAACUCCGGCAGGUUCUUCCUGCAAAUCCAGGAGUCCGAUCCGUUACAUGCUUCGCGAGCAGCGUCUUCUCUUUGUUUUUGUUGGUAUCGCCAUUGCAACUCUGUUCUUCAGUUUCGGCCGUUUCGCUUUUCCGCUGGAGCUCCGUGAUGAUCAUCGCUAUCAAUCGGCGUUGAAUCCGUUCAUUCAAUUGGAUUCGACGAUCCCGAUGCGGAGAGUUUUGUAUGAAACUCGACGAGAAGGAUCGCUAGGGCGGGUGAAUUUCGCGGGUAAAGUCCCUCCGGGAUUGAAGAAGAGGAACCUGAGGAUUGUUGUUACUGGUGGCGCUGGAUUCGUUGGAAGCCAUCUUGUGGACCGUUUGAUUGAGAGAGGCGAUAGCGUGAUCGUCGUUGAUAAUUUCUUUACUGGACGGAAGGAUAAUCUGGUUCAUCAUUUUGGAAACCCGAGAUUUGAACUGAUUCGACACGAUGUCGUUGAGUCGCUUCUAUUGGAAGUUGAUCAGAUCUACCACUUGGCUUGCCCUGCUUCUCCUGUUCAUUAUAAAUUCAAUCCGGUCAAGACAAUCAAGACAAAUGUCGUCGGCACAUUGAACAUGCUAGGGCUUGCGAAGAGAGUCGGCGCUCGCUUUUUGCUCACCAGCACCAGCGAAGUCUACGGCGAUCCGCUCCAACACCCGCAGGCUGAAACCUACUGGGGAAACGUCAAUCCCAUCGGUGUACGAAGCUGCUACGAUGAAGGAAAGCGCACGGCGGAGACUUUGACAAUGGAUUAUCACAGAGGCCUUGGCAUUGAGGUGAGGAUUGCUCGGAUCUUCAACACUUAUGGACCACGGAUGUGCAUCGAUGACGGUCGAGUUGUGAGCAAUUUUGUAGCACAGGCAUUGAGAAAGGAGCCGUUGACAGUUUAUGGGGAUGGCAAGCAAACCCGGAGUUUUCAAUACGUUUCUGAUCUGGUGGAGGGGUUAAUGAAACUCAUGGAAGGUGAGCACGUGGGCCCUUUUAAUCUCGGCAACCCCGGCGAAUUCACUAUGCUCGAACUUGCCCAGGUAGUGCAAGAGACAAUAGAUCCAAAUGCAAAGAUAGAGUUCAGGCCGAACACAGAAGACGAUCCACACAAAAGAAAGCCCGACAUUUCUAAAGCUAAGGAUCUUCUUGGCUGGGAGCCUACUGUGUCUCUUCGGAAGGGCCUUCCCCUUAUGGUCUCUGACUUUCGUCAACGCAUCUUCGGCGACCCCAAAGAUGACGGUUCCUCCGCCGCCACGGCCCUUCUCUCCACCACCACCUCCUCGGUCUAGUCCUCUUUUUCUCUCUUCUCAUACCGUUUUAGAAUAAGAGAAUCUCUCAAUCACUUCCCCCCAAAGAAUAAUAUUUGGCAGUUUGAAGAGAGAAAAAAGAAGAGGGGAUCAUCCCAUCCCUCAAACCUUUUCUUCUUUUCUCUGCCAAUUUUCACAUUUUUUAUUCUAAGGGCCUAAUUUACCUCUCUCUCCCUCUCCUCUUUUGUAUAUCUUUGCGCUAUAUUUAUGAAAUUCUCCUUUUUUUUUUCCCCUUUACU